AUGUAUGAGUAUGUAGAGCUGAGCAGUGACAAAGAAUAUAAGUUUACACUGAGAAUGACUCUUAGGAGAGUGUAUCACAUUACAGCAUUCAGCUGGUAUGCGUUUAUUGUUAAGAAUCUCAACGAUAAGGAUGGAGAGGAUUUGCCACCAGGAAUCUUUGUUUAUGGAGGACCCUGGAAGUACCUCACUUUUUUGAAUUUGUUAUUGCAAAUGACAUUCUUUGGACUGGCGGCAGUGAAUGAUCUUCAACCUGGGAAAAAGGCUGAGAGUACUCUGAGCAAGUUUAAAGACCUUCUCUUCUCUGUCUUUGCCUUUCCAGUGGGCACGUUCGUUGUUCUACUUUUCUGGGCAAUCUUUGCAUAUGAUAGAGAAUUAGUCUACCCAGCUACCAUCGACGCCUUCUUCCCUCCGUGGAUGAACCACGCUAUGCACACAUUUGUCCUUCCCAUCUUACUUGGAGAGGUGCUGGUGCAGCCUCACGUCUACCCACAGACUAAACAUGCACUGACGGCAUUAGGAAUCGUGGGCUUGGCUUACUUAUCUUGGAUUAUAUGGGUGUACAUGUCAGUCGGGAUUUGGGUCUAUCCUCUUCUUGGGCGCUUCAGUGCUGCUGGUCUGGUGGGCUUCUUCUUUUUUAACAUGUCUGUGGUGAUCUUGCUCUAUCUGCUCGGGAAUGAGCUCAACAGACGGGUCUGGGGUAAGAGGCGUUACGUUUGCCAUAUCAUACCGAAAAAGAAAGGUUUAAAAAAUAACAACAACAACACCAGAAUCUAAUCUGUCUCUUUGCUUAACUCUCUCUUUUGUCUCCUCUCUCCAGAAAAGGACAUGAACAAAAA